UAUGAAGAUUCGCACCGAUUUUUAUUUUUAAAAAGCAAAUAUAUGAUACGAUCGAAGGCAAUUAUUUUAAGACAAUAUUAUGCCGCUAUGCUGCUUGAACAAAGCAAAUAAAACAAUAGAAAAUCUGUCAUACUAAAGUUUUCUCCUUGUCAUGAUUGCCAACUAUCUCAUAAAUAUCCAUUGAAACAUACGAUUAAUAUUAUGAACGAUUGCAGGUAGAUACUGCAAGGAUAUUACUUUGAAUUGUUUGAUUUCGUGAUAAACGCUUUUUUGUUUAGAAUGACAAAUUUCUCGGGGCCGGUGUGCAAUAUCAUUUAACUGACUGGAGAAAAAACGAGUCCACUCUUUUUUCUUUACACUUCAAAAAUGGAUAUAGAUACAAGACACAACCAACUAGUAUUGAUAUCAAAAAGAGUUGAAAAGGCCAAUGAAAAGAUCAAUGAAAUUUUAGAGAAGCUGGGAUGGACGCGUAGUCAGUUAAAGCAGUGGCAAACUGAACAAAAAAAAGUAAUGAUUUGUCCUUUUGACAAGCGACAUCAGGUGCCACCAUCUACCAUGAAGGAGCAUUAUAGACAAUGCUUAUACAAAAGCAGAGGCACCCAGAUGGUCAAAGAAACCCGACCUCCUAGCUCUUUGUUUUUCUAUCAAGACGCACCUUCUAUCGUUUCGUUUGUUGAUCCACAGACUAAAAUUGUUGAACCGCAUAAAAAUAUCAUUGAGACUUUGCCGCCACAACAGGAGUAUUAUGUAGAGGAAUUAAAAGCAAUACCAACAAUCGAAGAAAAACGCCAAGCAUAUGAUCAAAUGAUAGAGCGGUCCAAGCAGUUAAGGCUAGAGAGUCAUCGCCGUCAACUAGUUACAUCAGCAAUUGAUCGUCGUGUGCAUGAGAAGCAAAAUAGGUUGAAAAAGAAAGCGCAUGAGGAUCAACAACAGCUGAACAAAAGAAAAAGAAAACAGUAUCGUAUAAAAAUGAAGAUGAUCACACCAACAGAGAUCCAAAGGGAACUUAUCAACGCUUACAUGCAAGAGUAUAAAGAUUGGAGCAAAUAAAAUUACAGAUUUAAAU